UAAAACAAAAAAAAUAUAUGUUGACAGCUGUCAUACUUAUUGUGGCGCCGCCAUUCUACAAUGAAAGUCAUAUCUUUAUAAUUAUUUUUUAAUUUUGUUAAUUGAUUUAAGUUUUCUAUUUUCAUAUACAAAUUGAGGUGAUUCCAGUAAAGUGAUUAAAUUAUGUGGCAUAUCAGGUCGACAUGCCGCGUGAUAUAUUGAGCGACAGUCUAGCCGUACUGAGCAUAGUUGAACAUGAAGAUGAAGAAAACUGGCCAUUGGAUGAGAAGCCCUCAUGCAAACAAAAUAACAAGAAACUAUCAAGUGUGCCUUUAAAUAGCCAACCUAUACCUUACACAAAGGAUGACUGUGCGUGUUAUUACAAUUAUGGGCAUGGUGAUAGUGGCAUUAACAGACAACAUGAUCCAAUAUAUCAGUACAAAACAAGCAGUUUGCCCUCUGGAGCGUCCUCUCUCAACCAAACAUGGGACAAAGUGGUUUGUUCAGCCUUGAGGCUGACCCCUGAAGACAUCGCCAAUCAACUCACUUUGCUGGACUUGCCCUGUUUCAAAUCUAUUCAGCCUGAAGAGCUGACCACUUGCGGCUGGAACAAAUCAAAUAAGUUGACUGUUGCACCCAAUGUGGUGGCAUUUACCAAGAGAUUUAAUAGGGUCAGCUUUUGGACUGUACAAGAAAUAUUAAAUGGGCAAUCGCCAAAAUCCAGGGCUGAAACAAUGACACAUUUUAUUAAAGUUGCUAAAAAGCUAUAUGAUCUGAAUAAUUUGCAUUCUCUUUUUGCUGUUAUUUCUGCAUUGCUAAGUGCUAGUAUAUACAGGUUAACUAAAACGUGGACACUUUUAUCAAAGAAAGACAAACAACAAUUUGAUAAAUUAGCCGAGUUAUUUGGAGAAAAAGACAAUUGGACUGCUCUGAGAGAAUAUUUGAAAUCAAUAUCUUUGCCUUGCAUACCUUAUCUUGGUUUAUUUUUAACUGAUCUUACAUACAUAUCCAUAGCACACCCCGACGGUUCCCCACAUCGGAUAGCGAAGAUGGCCGUGGUUUUGAAAGCAGUAGAGAGGUACCAGACCUCUGAAUAUGACAUAGCACCUUUGCCCCAUGUUGCAGAUUAUUUGAAUAGUGUUCGGUACAUUGAAGAACUGCAGAAGUUUGUGGAAGAUGAUCAGUACAAACUCUCCAAGAAACUUGAACCACCAUCACCAGUGGGAAGUUGCACAGGGUCAAAGGAAUCUGUAAAAGAAGUUAUCCAAGGAACCUCUACACCUUUCUCCCUCUCUCCAUCCCACAGACUGGGCUCUGGGUCGCUGCGGCUACAAGGGACAUACCAGCAGUCGAAGUUUAUACCAACUCAUAGGAAAUGUCGUUCUCUCGGCUCCAAGUUUCGUAGUGCGAGCUUGCCAAGAAAUUUUCACAAGGUCAAUUUUGGUGUGGGCAUAUUCGGAAAAAGUCACACGGAUGAGAAAAUGGAGGAGAAGACCCCGGCGGGGUCCGUCAACUUGUUGGACGACACGUUGCUGGAGUCUCCGAGCUCCGUCGUCUGCGACAAACUGUCGCAGACACUCCCGCGCAGCGACUUGUCAAAGGCAGAUGACAUUGAAUGUGAUUAUGAAGGUUUCGUCCGCAGAAAAACGAUCUUAAAAGACGGUAGAAAAAUAUCCCUAUCGUCUUGGCAGAGGUAUUGGCUUCAGAUUUCUGGGAAAAUCCUCAUUUUCUACGCUUCUAAGUCAUUUAAAGGUACAAAUCGUAGUGAUUUCCGCCUGGAACGUUGUAAGAUGUUAUCCCUAGAAGGCUGGGCGGCCGCGCGUGACGCCAAUUCCGCUCUUGCCUUCCAGCUAGUCAACCACCACGCCGGCACCAUCUACAAGUUUAAAACCGGCACAGAAUGUGCAUCGAAGCAAUGGGUCUCAUUAAUAGACAACGUUUCGAAUAAAAUGGUGAAGCCUUUACCGGCCAAUCUAAUGUCUUUCGAAUAAUGAUCGCUUCGAUAUACACCCAGCCACGUGGCGGGUCCGUCUACCUCUGUACGUGGUAACAGCUGAUUUUAAUGGGAUCCAAAAUCAUCUCAAGCUUUCUCGUGUUUGAUUUUUAAAAUAACUUUAUUAUGACUUGUUUAAAUUAAUGCAGUUUGAUUGUUGGAUUUGAACAAAUUUUCAUUUACUCACAGUAAUUAUGUUUUAGUAUUUAGCUACUUGUGAUAUGUAUGUAUUGUACUCUGCGGUAUAUGUCGUAUGCGUGUAGCAUACUAUCUGGAAAUAUCUACAUUUGUUUUGAAAUUUAUAUUACUAGACUCUUAACAAUGUUAUUAGUUGUUAUCAGAUGAAAACACGACACUCUUCAGAAACGUUGCACAAAAAACAUAUUCAACGGUAAAAGUUUGCAUAAUUUAAUACUUUUAUAGAUAUAUUCAGAUUUUCGGUGUUAUUAUAUGAACAAGUAUAACCUAUUUAAUUUUGUUGAACUCGAAUCUACCGAAACUCGUUAUUUUACUUGUACAAAAUGAAGCGUAUGAAGCUCUUGUCGGUAAGGUGUGUUAGAAUAUUUUGUCUAUUAUAUUGCUUAACCAUAUCUUCUACGAAUUCCUUAGGCAACUGACUUUAUUGUGUAAGAUUGGGUUCGUUUAGCCUUUCUAUUGUAAAUAUUGCUCUUAUUCGGUUUUGUUUUAUAAUGUAUAAUCCCACUGUUUUCUUGUAUAAGUAAUAUUUUUAUACACAGAGGCUACAUUCAGAUGUUGCGUUGUUUGUGUACAUUAUGUACAUAUAAAAUUAAUUGUGUUAUUUUUAUUAUAGGUAUAUUCUAUUAUACUAGCCAGAGUUUAAUUUUAUGCGAUCAAAAUUCUAUUAGUAACGCUAGAACGGCAUGAUAUGCAAUAUUUGAUUUCCUGUUAUGCUAAUUGACCUUUUUUUAUAAACCUAUACAACACAUACGUCGCGUUAUAUACAUUAGAUAUAUGCAGGAAGUUAGCGACACGAUUUUUAUAGCAGUCAUACCUCAGCCAAUCGGCAGAUUUCCUAGAAAGUUGCCUGGCAAUUAUAUAAAUUGCCAGUUUUAUAUAUCGCCAUGUGCAUCUAACUGUAAAGUUUGUGUGGACUUUUUUUUACGACCGCAACUGGAUUAAAACAACAAAAAAAUAAAAUAUUAUAACAAUUUUAUUUUUUGGUUUUGUAAUAUCAAUUAAAUACUUUUUGAUGACGAUGUU